AUGAAGGUCACAUUGCUCUUCCUCGCUGUUGCUUUCGCAGUAGCUUAUGCUCAGUUCAACAUGGUUGCCCACGAGGUACAUGCCAUCAUUGCUGCCAACGAUGGUAUCACUGUAGAUGAAUGUGUCAAGAAAUGUGAUGACGCGUUUAUGCUCAUGGUCGCCAAGGAUGAGACGCUCAACGAUCAUAAAUGUUCCCAGGAGUGUGACUGUCAAAUCAAAGCUACAUGUCCACACUCAAUGUUUCGAACCACCACACAAGCCGACUAA